UAACAAACGUGCUGAGUCUCAUAUAGUUGCUGCUAACCCGUAACGCAUUACUCUUAGAUAUUAAAACUCAACACUCUUGUCCCACACAAAUCCUCUGAAAGAACAUGGAAGUUCCCUUUAAUAAGUACUCUUAACUAUAUAUAUACUUAACUUGAUCACACUUUUGCUUGAUUAAUAGAAUGGAAGAUGGUAAGAGAAUGGGCGGUAUAACAUCAGAAUAUAGAGGUGUUAGAAAGAGGAAAUGGGGUAAAUGGGUGUCCGAAAUCCGUGAGCCAGGAAAGAAAACGAGGAUAUGGCUAGGGAGUUUUGAGACAGCAGAGAUGGCGGCGGCUGCAUAUGAUUCAGCUGCAUUUCACCUCAGGGGACAUGCAGCUAAGUUAAAUUUCCCAGAGUUGAUUGGACAUUUCCCUAAACCAGCAAGUUCUUCCCCUGAAGAUAUACGUUUGGCUGCACAACAGGCUGCAAUUACAGUUCAAAACACAAAUAUCAUGGCCUCUACUAGUCAUGGCCAUGAAGCACCAGUUACAGUAGGACUAUCUCCAACUCAAAUUCAAGCUAUUAAUGACUUUCCUAUGGAUUCACCAAAUAUGUGGACUACUCAUGAAGACAUAAACUUUACUUAUGAAAUGAGUGAUUACCAAGAAAUGGAUGAUUGUCUUUGGGAUUACUCAUCAACUAACUCAUUUUAGAGACCUAAUUUUAAAGGUUCACUAUUCUAUUUUACAAACAUAUAUUUAAUUAGAGUGUGUCAUGUUUGUACUAAUUAACUUCCAUAUAUGGUGUGCCAUUUUAUUAUUUAAGGUUGUUCAGGAGCAUCAAAAUGAGUUGGUUUUUUGACAUCUCGUUUUGUGUGUUGCUCUUAUAAUAUUGUAAUGUAAUGUAAUGCGUGAAUAAAACUUAUUCAAAUGUGCUCUACUGCAUAAUCGAAUAUAAUACUCCCUUUUAAUUUGUUUA